AUGUGGUCGGGAAAGAAGUGCUCCGAGGGGGGUGCUGGUUCCCCGACCGAAGAAGAAGUAAAAGUGGUACUAGUAGGAGACACACAGUGUGGAAAAACAUCGUUGGUACAAAGAUUUGUGUCCGACAAUUUUGUUGAGGCAUACACGCCAACGGGUUUCGAGAAGUACGGCUACACCUGCACAGUUGCUGACUAUAGAGUCAAUUUUUCAGUAUGGGACACGUCAGGCACCACAGCGUAUGACACUGUGAGACCGCUCGCGUAUCAAGACGCUAAAAUAUUUAUGCUGUGCUUCAACAUCGCAGAACCAGAAACCUUAAACAAUGCAGCUGUGAAGUGGUACAGAGAAGUACGCACUCACGGAGGCUCCGCCCCAGUGCUGCUGUGUGGAUGCAAAGCUGAUCUCCGACAUGACAAGGAAACCCUAACCAUGCUGUCCAAGCUAAGAACACAUCCAGUCACCAGCGAAGAGGCUCUGUCAGUAGCAAGACAGCUUGGAGCAACGACCUAUGUGGAGACAUCCGCACGUGCGUCCAGCAAGGGCGUGAAAGAUGCUUUUGAAGUGGCGGCUCUGGCGGCACUAGGCAAACUAAAUAAACAACAGAUGAAGCAACAGAAGCAAGUCGGGCGCAGUAAGAGCAAGCGCGACUUGAAGGCUGAGCUGAAAGGAAGGGCGAAGAGUUGUUGCGUCAUG